GUGAGAUUCCAUGCAUAUAAGCAUGCAGUAGAAAAGAAAAAGGCUAGGAAGGCAUCGGGCGAUGACAAAGCAACUACAAGCACGCUGAGGUGGAGGAUGGAAGAGCUGGAGACGCUGGAGAGCACGGAGUGCCCGGAGUGCCGGCCGCCCCCUGAGUUCCGGUUGCCGCCACCUCCUCGGCCACCCUUCCUCACCGAGGGCACCUUCUGCUCGGAAUCGCCCCUCGCCGAGCUCGAAGACUGCGUUGCCAUCCCGAUGAUCGACGCCUCUUAUCAUACGAAUCCAUCGCUGCAAAGCACUGCCCUGAUCAUCACCUGCGCGGUGGUUCUACUACUGAUGGCCGCGAUCGUGUCCGUCGUCUUCUGGAAGCACAAGCGGAAAGUGCAAAACCUGCUGCCGUGCAAGAGCGCAGCGGGCGCGGCGGCGGUCGCCGGGCGGGGUCGCGCGUUGCCGGACGGGCAGCCGCACUCGGGCCCCAGCAUCGGCGGCGGCGGCGGCGUCGGCGGCGGCGGCGGCGCCGUUCUUUACGAGGAUCUCCCGGAUCACGCGCACUCGCAGCUGCACAACCACCACCUGCCGGCGGGCCACGGCCAGACGCCGACGAUCGAGAUGUUGGACGUCAAGGAGGGUGGGAGAGGGGUGUUCGUCUGCAGCAGCCCCGGUCCUGAUCCUUACACAUCGCAGGAUCUCUAUAAUCCUGUCUACGAGGAGCUCAGCAACGGGGACCAUCCGGAGACCGACGAGGAGAGCGAGCUGAACGCCCGCAACCGUCUACACCAUCAUCAUCAUCACCAUCGUCACCAUCAUCGCGCGUCCAACGCGUCGAAACCGGCGAGCGAGGACGAAUUCGCCGAGGACGAGCUGUCGGUCGGAGAACCGUCCGAGGCGAGGAUGCUCACCUCGAGCGGAGGUCCCGCCUGGGGCACCUGUCCCGCAGGAGGCAGACAACCACGUGAGCGACGCGGCCGCAGCCCCAGGAGUCUCGACCGACGUAGACGGGACAAAAAUCACGACGUGGGCGAGUUCCACGAAGGCAUGCUGCUGGACGCGCUGCUCCAACUCUAUCCUAACGUCGCGGGUGUGGCCGGUGCCCGAACAGGCAACAGCAUCACUCAACGUCAACAGUCCGUCCCGUCGGUCGCGCACAGGUUACCAUACUUUGUGCCGCCUUUGCCGGCCGCACAAGCCCCGCGGCUCGAGGAGAAUCCUUACGAGAGCGUACCGGUGCUGGGGCCGCUGCAUCGUUACUCGAGUCAGAACAGAAGUGGGAAGGAGCGCUCAAACCGCAGCGUCAAGUCGUCCAGCAGCGACAAGUACAAGUACCUGUCGUCAUCGCAGCAACAACAGCAGCAGCAAUACAGCGGCGAUUAUUACGGUCUGCAGAGUCAAUCCGACGUCACGACGCCGCUCUACACCCAGGUAGGCGGCGAGUACUCGGACACGUAUUCGCAGCCGACCGACCGGCUCUUCGACGACAAAUACAGCCAGCCGGUGUAUUACACUACUAAUUCGACCCGGGACGCAACGUGCGAUCAGGUGACCCCUUCUGGUAGACUGUACCAGGGUCAACCUGACAGCAGCUUCGGCAGCGAUAGCGGCUACAGCCAUCACACCUCCGGCACCACCGGUACCAACGGCACCCGCGGCAGUAACUCGCGGACGAAUCAUCGCAGGGACAAGCACCGAAACUCCCAUCAUUCGCAUCACUCCGCGGACUACAUUAUGUCCUAAUGGAGGACCGACCUCCUCGAAAUAUAUUCUCGUUAAGAAAAAAAGAGCGAGAGAGAGACUAGGGUCUCGUUUCUAUCACCGGCCACUAUGGAUUGACGAGCACGUUUGUUAAUGGAGAGAGCGGCUGACGCCGAUUCGGCUGUGCUAAACUGCUGUAUUUUAAUACUUCGACGUCCACGGUUAAGAGUCAAUAAGGAUAGCCUGGUUGCUACGGCUGAUCGAGUCGUGAUGAUCGUGACUUGCAGACUUGAUUCGAUCGUCGGAGCGACGAGGAAAUUCGCGAGCAAGUGACAAGAUUAGGAUGAGAGGAACGCAGUGAUCUCUUAGUGAUUUAUAUACAUAUAGCCGAUACGCAAGACUAUCUAACAAAUUUAUUUGUAAUCCAAGACUCAGGCUGGUACCAAAGGACGCUAACAAUUACUUCUAUCUUUUUAGUCUAAUCGUUUGUAAUUUAUAUGUAGAGAGAAAUAAGAGUGCGUUAAUCGGAACGAGUUGAUCUCGUCCUCGUCGUCACCCGCAAAUUGUGCGACUACCAAUCGCAAAGAAUUACGAAGUAGCAAUGUCACUUUAGACGAUCAGUCCUAUUGCUCUUUCAAACGAUCCGCAACAGACAAUUUUGCAAAUAAACGAAAGCGCGAAGUACUCAGAAUCUGACAUCCCCCUAUAAAAAUAUUGAAACAGAACAUUGAUAAAUAAAUAUUUAAAAUAGUAUAUAUAAGUUGAAAUAGUAUUAAUAUAUAGAUAAAUAAUACCACGCUAAAGUCAACCAAAUUUGAAAUACGCAUCUCUCAAGAAUAAAAUUUUUAUUUAAAUGAUUUUAAACCUAUUUUAGAACUUUU